AUGAUCUUCACCUAUUCUCUCAUUCCCUCCCACUUUUUCUCUUUCACUUUAACUUUUCUUCUUUUCUUUAACGUUUCUAAAGUGUUUUCUUCUUUUCUCUCUUCCGCUUUAUUUUCCUUCGUUUUCUUUCUUCCUCAAUUUUACUCGACAAUUUCCUUCCUCUCUUUUUACUCGUUCACUUUUAUUUUCUUCCUUAUUCUCCUCUUUCUUUCUCUCAUAAUUUCUUUCUCUUUUACAUCUUCCUCUUUUACUUCUCCUCCCUUUCUUCUUUUCCUCAAUGAUUCCCUUCACCUAUCUUUUUCUCUCUCAAUGUUUUCUCUAUUUUUGCUUUCAUUUAUCUUCCAUUUUCUUUCAUCACUAGUCCGCUUCGCCAUUUCUUUUCUCUCUACUCUUCUCUUUCUUUUUUCUUUCUUUUUUUUCCAUUUUUCUUCGUUAACUUCCUGCCAAUAUGACUUCAUUGUAUUUUCUACUUUUUUCGAAAUCAAAUAUUUUUUUUCUCUAUUUUUCCUGUGUUCUUCACUCGCUUCCUUCUUCUCCGUCUACAACUCGCCUCUCUAUGUGUGCAAUAUUAUGAAGUCACUCUUCAUUUCAAAUUUCAAACAGAUGUCCUGUGUUGGCCGAAAUGGCAACAUCAAAAAUACUGGAACCGACGAGCCGAAUCCAUAUUUCGGUUUUCUUCAUUUCCCGGUAACGAUCAUCAGAAAGGCAUGA